AUGGUCCACAGAUGCAUGAGGUGCCUUCCCACCUUUCCAAAUUACCAGAGGAAUUACAAAAAAGCCAUACGCCAGGCGUACAGCCGCAUAAAGGACCAAAACGCCCGGGUGGGUGAAGGUGUGAGCCUGAACGCCAGGUACGCAAGGCUGGUGAUCAUCAACAAGCACCUCGACGAAGAGCAACGGGAGCACGAGAUUGUGGCCAUGGGAAGGAGACACGCGGAGAUCAUGAAGGAGCAAGCUGGCUCCUCCAUCGCUGUUGGCGACCUCUUCAAGCCUGGCCCCGAUGGCUGGAUCCCCAAGGUGGUCGUGCUCCUGGGAGCUGCAGGCGUGGGCAAGACUAUGACAGCCAGGAAAAUCAUGCUGGACUGGGCGUCCAACAAGAUAUUUGCGAAGUUUGACUAUGUCUUCUACAUCCACUGCCGGGAGGGCAACCUCCUCACCAGAGAGGCCAGCAUGGCCAACCUCAUCAGCCAGUGCUGUCCCAGAAAGCCUCUGCCACUUGCCGAGGUGCUGGAGCAGCCGGAGAGGCUCCUCUUUGUGAUCGACGGUUUUGACGAGCUCCGCUUUUCCUUUGACCUGCCCCCGUCCAAGCUGUGCUCCCACCCUUGUGAGCAGAGGACGGUGGAAAUCAUAUUGAGCAGCCUCUUUCGCAAGAAGCUCCUGCCCGAGAGCUCCCUGCUCAUCACCACGAGGCCGACUGCCCUGCAGAAACUGGGCAAGUGCCUGGAUUGCGAGCGCUACGCCGAAAUCCUGGGGUUUUCGGAGGCAGAGAGGAAGGAGUAUUUCCAGAGGUUUUUUGAAAGCAAGGAGCAGGCGGCUGCUGCUUUCCAGUUCAUCAGAGGGAACGAGACUCUCUUCACCAUGUGCGUGGUGCCCAUCGUGUGCUGGAUCGUCUGCACUGUCUUGAAGCAGCAGCUCAGCCGCCCUGGGGGUCUCACCCAAAGCCCGAAGACGACGACGGGGAUCUACAUCCUCUACCUUUCCGCCCUGCUCCGGUCGCUGAGAGGCUCGGUGAAGCACGGCAUGCCCGGGCUGCUCAGGAGGCUGUGCUGCCUGGCGGCCGACGGCAUCUGGAAGCAGAAGGUCCUCUUUGAGGAGAAGGAGGUGCAGGGGUAUGCACUGGACGAGCGAGAAGCCCUCCCGCUCCUCCUCAACGAGCACCUCUUCCAGAAGGACAUCUCCUGCAUCAGCACCUACAGCUUCAUCCACCUCAGCUUCCAGGAGUUUUUUGCGGCGCUCUUCUACCUGCUGGACGAUAAAGGGGAGGCGCAGGACUGCCCCGCCGGUCCCACCAGGGAUGUGAAGGAGCUGCUGGCGAGCUACGGCAACUCCAGGAACUACUUCAUGCUAACUGUGCGGUUCCUCUUCGGGCUCUUAAACAAGGAAUGCAGGAGGGAGCUGGAGAAGGAGAUGGGGUGUAAAAUCGCACACAGUGUUACGCAGGAAUUACUGGCAUGGCUUCAAAACAGCCAGGAAACUCCCCUAGCUCUUCUGAUGGAGGAGACGACGGUGAUUCGCGAGCUGGAGGUCUGCCACUGUCUGUACGAGCUCCAGGACAACUGUUUUGUAGCCACCGCCUUGGAUCCUUUCACGGGGGUGUACCUCCGAGGGCUCAACCUUAACCGCUUCGAUCAAAUGGUCCUUUCCCUCAGCAUAAGAAACUUCCCCAAACUGGAGUCGCUGGAGCUGGGGCACUGCUCCUUUCUGUGGGACGACGCCGAGGACUGCACCAGCCUGCAGCCGCCCAAGCAGGAGUAUCGGUUUGACCAGUGUCAGCUCACAGGCGCCUGCUGCAGGGCUCUGGCCUCCGUUCUCAGCACAAACCCCACCCUGACGGAGCUGGACCUGGCUGGGAACGAAGACCUGAGGGACGGCGGCGUGAAGCUGCUCUGCGAGGGGCUGAGACGCGGUGGCUGCCAGCUGCAGACACUGCGGUUGGGCUGCUGCAACCUGACGGCCGCUGGCUGCAAGGACCUGGCUGCUGUGCUGGGCACCAUGCCCAGCCUGGUGCAGCUGGACCUGAGCGACAAUCCCCUGGAGGACGGCGGCGUGCAGGAGCUGUGCGGGGCGCUCGCGGGACCCGGCUGCAGCGUGCAAAAGCUCUGGCUGUGGCGGUGCCGCCUGACGGAGGCGAGCUGCGGGGCUCUCGCCGCGGUGCUCCCCGCCAGCCCCAGCCUGAGGGAGCUGCAUGUGGAGGACAACGAGCUGGGGGACGGCGGCGUGCGGCGGCUGUGCGAGGGCGUGCGGGGCAGCGAGCUGGGGGGCGGCGGGGGCCGGCGGCUGUGCGAGGGCCUGCGGGAUCCUGCCUGCCGGCUGCAGACGCUGAGCCUGCGGCAGAGCCAACUCACCGGCGCCUGCUGCGAGGACCUCUGCACCGUGCUCAGCACCAGCCAGACCUUGGAGCAUCUGGACCUGAGCGACAACGACCUGGGAGACGGCGGCAUGCGGCUGCUGUGUGAGGCGCUGGGGCAUCCCGCCUGCCUCUUGCAGAGGCUGUGGUAA